AUGGGAGAACAGAUGGAGACUAUGGUAUUGAAAUUUGAUGAUUCCCGCAAGAAGGUUGUUCUUGCACUGGGACAGGGGGAAACCAUCAGGAAGCUACAAGAGGUGGCUGAGGGCGGGGAAAGAGAUGGUUCAAAAGACCCCGUCUGGGCGCCGCCGGAGUUCGACCCCGAAUAUGCGUCAUAUAUGAUCGAGUCCUCCCCGGGUGUUCCUUAUUCCCCGGAUCUGAGUUCUCUGCUAUGUGUCGAACGAUCCCUCGCUCGACGAAGGGAGAUGAUCAAUUCUCAUCUCCCGGAAGGCUGCAGGCUUCUCACGUUAUCCAGUUUCCCGAGGCUGGGGGCUGGGGGGGAAUGGUCGGACCCGCAGUUCUCCACUGCGUCAGCAACCUCAAAGAGCGGACACGAACGAAGUACUCUGCCUACGGAGGUCGUUAGUGACCAUCCAAGGUAUUCUGCGGUCGAGAGGGGGAUCGAGGGCCGCAAAGGGAGGAGGAUUCAUGCGAGCAUCCCGGUUUACAAGGAUGAGAAGACUCCGGAGAUCUUGGACGAGCACUCGGCUAGCAGGGAACCCGGAGCAAUCUACAUGGACGCUCUAGUCUUUGGUGCCGGAUGCUGCUGCCUCCAGGUUACUCUCCAGGCGCCGUCUCUCGCCCACGCAAGGCAGUUGUAUGACGCCUUCCUUCCCCUUGCACCAGUCAUGCUAGCACUGAGCGCUGCGAGCCCAGCGUUCGCAGGAUGGUUGGCAGAUGUGGACGCAAGGUGGGACGUUCUUCGGGAAAUUGUGGAUGACCGGACUGCCGAGGAGGAGGGGCUGGCACCCCUGGAGCAAGGGUACCAGCGGCUCCCCAAAAGCAGAUACGACUCUGCUUCGUCCUACCUCGGCUCCGGUCCGUCUAGGGCGUCAGAGGUGGAGAAGUACAAUGACGUGCCUCUGCCCUUGAAUCAGGAAGCGUAUGAGAAGCUAAGGGCCGGUGGUGUGGACGAGUUGAUGGCGCAGCAUGUCGCGCAUCUGAUGGUGAGGGAUGCGCUGGUGCUAAUGGAAGAGCGGGUGGAGGGAUUAAAGGAGGAAGAAGGGGAGAAUUUGGAGUACUUUGAGAACAUCCUCUCGACCAACUGGCAGACUGUCCGACUCAAGCCCGCCUCAGCAGACGGCAGCACCGGCUGGCGGCUCGAAUUCCGAGCAUUAGAAGCCCAGCUCACAGACGGAGAAAACGCAGCUUUGUGCAUCUUUUUGGUUCUCCUCGCUCGCGCGGUGUGGGAGUUUGAUUUGGAGUGGUACGUCCCUGUUGGGGAGGUGGAUUUAGGGAUGGGGAGGGCGACGAAGAGGGAUGCACUUAGGAAAGAGAGGUUCUCGUGGUGCACGGGAGUGGGGGAAGAUACGCGUAAGGGAGACACUUGCGAGCUCAUGACAGUGAACGAGAUCAUCAACGGCAAGGAAACCACACCCGGUCUGCUCGCCCUCGUGCACAAGUACCUCAGGGCAGUCUCCUGCCCCCAAAGAGUGUAA